ACUGGCUUAGAAGGAUUUUUACCAAGAAAAUGGGGACSGACAAGGAAAACCCAGUCCUGAGGAAUGUGCUUAUAAGCUUCAACUUGCUACUGCUAGGCACCGUUCUCAAGCCUUUUGAGUGCCGACUAGAAGUGACAACAGAGGCAGCCAAGAGGCCAGUGAUGGAUGAGGAAGGCAGUGUUGCCAACUGCAGUCCACCCCUCAAAGAGCAGCCCAUGGUUUUCCACCACAUCUACAAUAUUAACAUUCCCCUGGACAGCUGCUGUUCCUCAGUGUUCAAGUCUUCAACUGAGGAGGUGAGUUCAGAAGACGACAGGAUGGCGGAGUAUGCAGAGACCUCAGACAGCGAGAGCCAGGUCACCUUCACCCACAGGAUAAACUUCCCCAAGCAGGCCUGCAAGUGCUCCACCUCUUUCCCGUCCAUGCAGGAUCUGCUGAGCAGAAUUGAGAUGCUGGAGAGGGAGGUCUCCAUUCUCCGGGACCAAUGCAACUCCAAUUGCUGCCAAGAAAAUGCAGCCACAGGGCAGCUGGAUUUCCUGCCGCCCUGCAGCGGGCACGGCAACUUCAGCCUGGCGGUGUGCGGCUGCGUCUGCGACGAGGGCUGGGUGGGCAGCAACUGCUCRGAGCCCCGCUGCCCUGGGGGCUGCUCGCACCGCGGCGCCUGUGUCGAGGGCCAGUGCAUCUGUGAUGGUGGCUAUGGCGGAGAUGACUGCUCUGAGCGCCGCUGCCCUGCCGACUGUAGCGACCGAGGCCUCUGCGUGGAUGGUGCCUGCCUCUGCGAGGAGGGCUUUGGCGGAGAUGACUGCGGACAGCCCCGGUGCCCCCGUGACUGCUCCGGUCGGGGCGACUGUACCAACGGCACCUGCUUCUGCCACGAGGGCUUUGCUGGUGAUGACUGCAGCUGGCCCCACUGCCCCAACGCCUGCAGUGGCCGCGGCACCUGCCUCCAGGGGCUCUGUGCCUGUGAGGAUGGCUACGCAGCACCCGACUGCUCUGCAGUGGCACCACCGGAAAACCUGCGUGUGGCUGGCGUGGGCGAAGACAGUGUGGAGCUGGUGUGGGAUGGCCCAGCAGCGGCAGCGGAGUUCGUGGUCUCCUAUGAGCCCGUAGGACCUGGGGGCAGCCGGCUGGAGCAGCGGGUGCCCGGUGACUGGAGAGCAGUCACCAUUCGAUCWCUGGAGCCCGGUGUCACCUACAACCUCAGCGUCUAUGCCAUUGUUGGCAACGGCCGCAGUGCCCCUGCCACCGCCAAGGUGACCACCUACCUUGCCAUGCCACAGGGGCUGAAGUUCAAGACCAUCACGGAGACAACUGCUGAGGUGCAAUGGGAGCCCUUCUCCUUCCCCUUCGAUGGCUGGGAGAUCAGCUUCAUCCCCAAGAACAACGAAGGCGGCGUGAUUGCGCAGCUCCCCAGCAGCGUCACCACCUUCAACCAGACGGGCCUGAAGCCGGGUGAGGAGUACACGGUCACUGUAGUAGCCCUCAAGGAGCAAGUCAGGAGCCCCCCUGCGUCUGACAGCAUCUCCACCUUAAUUGAUGGUCCAACCCAGAUCUUGGUGCGGGAUGUCUCUGACACUGUGGCCUUUGUGGAGUGGACGCCGCCACGCGCCAAGGUGGACACCAUCCUGCUGAAGUACGGGCUGGUGAACGGGGAGGGAGGGAAGACCACCUUCCGCCUGCAGCCCCCGCUGAGCCAGUACUCCCUGCAGGCCCUGCGCCCGGGCUCCCGCUAUGAGGUGGCUGUCAGCGGCCUGCGAGGCACCAACGAGAGUGACGCCGCCCUCACCCACUUCACCACAGAGAUCGAUGCCCCCAAGAAUCUGCGUGUGGGUGCCCGAACAGCAGCCAGCCUUGAGCUCGCCUGGGACAACAGCGAGGCUGAGGUGCACAGCUACCGUGUGGUGUACAGCACUCUGGCCGGGGAGCAGUACCAUGAAGUACUGGUGCCCCGGGACAGUGGCCCAACGACCAGAGCCACCCUUGCAGAUCUGGUGCCAGGGACUGAGUACGGCAUUGGAAUAUCAGCCAUCAUGGAUGACCAGCAGAGUGUGCCAGCCACCAUGAAUGCCAGGACUGAGCUCGACAGCCCUCGGGACCUCCUGGUGACAGCCUCCACAGAGACAUCCAUCUCCCUAGCCUGGACAAAGGCCAGCGGGCCCAUUGACCACUACCGCAUCACCUUCACUCCAGCUUCGGGGAUGGCCUCUGAAGUGACAGUGCCCCGGGACAAGUCACAGCUCACUCUCUCAGACCUGGAGCCUGGGACAGAGUACACCAUCUCAAUCAUAGCUGAGCGGGGCCGCCAGCAGAGUUUGGAAUCCACUGUGGAUGCAUUCACAGGAGUCCGGCCCAUCACACAGCUUCACUUCUCUCACCUGACGUCCUCCAGCGUGAACAUCACCUGGAGCGACCCAUCACCACCAGCUGACCAGCUCAUCCUACAAUACAGCCCACAGGGCAAAGAAGAGGCACGGCAGCUCACACUAGAUGGCACCAGGAGACACAUCAGCCUGAUGGGGCUGCAGCCAGCCACUGAGUACCAAGUGUCGCUGGUGGCUGUGCACGGCACAGUCAGCUCAGAGCCCAUCAUGGGCUCUGUAACUACAGGGAUCGAUGCUCCAAAGGACCUCAGGGUAGGAAACGUGACCCAGGACUCCAUGAUUGUCUACUGGAGUCCUCCCAUUGCCACUUUUGAUCACUACAGAUUGUCCUACCAGGCUGCUGAAGGGAGAACAGACACCAUGGCGAUCCCCAGAGAUGCUACCGAACACACUCUCCACCGCUUGCAGCCCGCUACGGAGUAUGAGAUCACUGUGAAGAGUGUGCGGGGUCGGGAGGAGAGCGAGCUGGCCUCUCUCACCGCACACACAGCCAUGGAUGCCCCCUUGGGUGUCACUGCCACCAAUGUCACUCCCACGGAGGCCCUGCUGCAGUGGAACCCACCGCUAUCGGAUGUGGAGAACUAUGUCAUUGUCCUCACCCACUACAGAGUUGCAGGAGAAACAAUUCUUGUGGAUGGAAUCAACCAAGAGUACCAGCUGACCAACCUUCUGCCCAGUACCACCUACACAGUCACCAUGUAUGCUACCAAUGGGCCUUUCACAAGCCAGACCAUCAGUACCAACUUUACAACUUUUUUGGACCCUCCAACAAACCUGACUGCAAGUGAAGUCACCCGACGCAGYGCCCUUCUGUCCUGGAUGCCCCCAGUGGGAGAGAUUGAGAAUUACAUCAUGACCUACAGAUCAACAGAUGGAAGCCGAAAGGAGCUGAUUGUGGAUGCCGAAGACACGUGGAUCCGCCUGGAGGGCCUUUCGGAGACAACAGAGUACACUGUGCGCCUGCAGGCUGCCCAAAACGCCAUGCGGAGCGGCUUCACCUCCACCACCUUCACCACAGGCGGUCGCGUCUUUGCUAAUCCUCAGGACUGCACGCAGCACCUGAUGAAUGGUGACACGCUGAGCGGAGUGUACACCAUCUCCCUCAACGGCGACCUUGGCCAGAGGGUGCAGGUCUACUGCGACAUGGCCACAGACGGAGGCGGGUGGAUUGUAUUCCAGAGGAGGCAAAAUGGGCUAACAGAUUUCUUCCGGAAGUGGGCAGACUACCGGAUUGGCUUUGGAAACCUGGAAGAUGAAUUUUGGCUGGGCUUGGACAACAUCCACAAGAUCACCUCCCAGGGGCGCUAUGAAUUGCGAAUAGACAUGAGAGAUGGCCAGGAAGCAGCGUAUGCCUACUACGACAAAUUCUCCAUCGGUGACUCCAGAAAUCUGUACAAGCUCCGAAUAGGAGAAUACAACGGCACCUCCGGGGAUUCCCUCACCUAUCACCAAGGCCGUCCCUUCUCCACCAAGGACAGGGACAAUGAUGUUGCUGUGACUAACUGUGCCAUGUCAUACAAAGGGGCCUGGUGGUACAAGAACUGCCACCGGACCAACCUCAACGGCAAGUACGGAGAGUCCCGUCACAGUCAGGGGAUUAACUGGUACCAUUGGAAAGGCCAUGAGUUCUCCAUACCCUUUGUGGAAAUGAAGAUGCGACCCUACAACCACCAUAACGUCUCUGUGAAGAAGCGACGGUCCCUACAGCUCUGAGGAAGCAGGACCCCUCUCCCACUUCCCACCACCUGACCUUUUCUGUCAUUUGUUUGUAUUUUAUAAUACAAAAAGGGGAAAAAAUAUUACUCCUCUGAGAUAGCAAUCCGCCCCUCACUAGUCCUGGAGGGAACCAUGGCACAAGUAAAGGCUGUGGAAAAGGAAAGACCUCAUUGCUUAGCAUCAGUCCCAGAGAAAUAACAAUUUUACACACUUCCUAUCCCCAAACCUCUACCCUUAACAUGAAAAGAAAGACAGACAGAUUUGUGAUAUUUUUUUAAAAGACUUAGAAAUCUCCAGCAAUCCCUAUCAGAAGCAUUUCACUUGCCCUAUCACCACCAUCUCUGCUGUGAGCUCCCUCCCCUGUUCUCAGAGCAGAACCAGUUCACCAGCCACUCGGACGGGGACAGGCCUGGCCACAGCACAGGGCAGACCCUCUCUUUGGGCAGAUUACCUCCCUGCAGCCUGGGACUUGUCAGACUUUUGGGCCACACGGCAGAAACUUUCACACCCAAGGUUCUUGAUGCAGCUGUUUCCACCACGUAAGAGUAGCCAGACACCGAUCCUUUUUGUCCUCACCUCUCUCCUCUCUGCCAGCAGGUCCUGAGCUUCCCAGCAUUCCAGCUCUUCCAGCAGGUGGGAAGCCUGUCUCUCCCUUUGGCCAAGGCCACAUGGCCUGGUUAUGCCCCUCCCUAUGCAUAGGCACUGUAYGGGUGCAAACAAAGUGAGGAUGAGAACUCAAAGCCUCAUAUACAGAGUUCAACUAGUGCAGAUCUCACUAGGAGGGCAUGGGAAACGUUUGCACAUGCAAAGAAAUUCUAGAGUACCCACAAUUCAUAUGUUAACCCCAUCAAUACAUAGUCCAUCACAGCCAAAGUCAUCCUCUUGUAGAUGACAUGUAGAGGAGCAGAAAGUAUAGAUCAAGAACUGUUCUACCAGCCAUGAAUACUUGAAAGCUGUAUCAUCACUCUUCUCCUCUGKGRGCUGAGCUCAGCACAGCCAUAGUGCGUGAUAUUUAUCUGGGUUAUGUUUAGCUUAAGGGAGAGGAAAGGAGAUAAAUGAGACAAUUUGGGAGGGAAAAAAUAUCCUGCACUCUUUAAGUCUAAUUUGGACCCAGUUAUUCUACUAUUUUUAUAUAUCAACAUAUUGACUCCCACAGAGGUAGCUGGUCCGAAACCAAAGAGUGUCAGUGAAAGACCAGCAACCAAAGAAGUUCCAGAUGGCUACAGUCCAUCUGGAAGCCAGCAGAUUAUGUAGCAGUCAUCAGCCUAGCCCACGAGCUAGGCUUAUGGACCUCUGUGCGUGAAGUGGGAGCAGUGAUGAUGCAGACAAGGGAAGAGAAGUACAAGCUGAGAAACACCCAUACCCUUCCUGCUCCUACACCAUCCCUGUGAUUGCAAGAGGGACACAAAUUCUCAGUGCCUUGGUAUCACCAUCUCUGUAAUGGGAAAUUCAGCUGCUUCCCUUCCUUGAAGGAAGAUUUAGUCCAUUAAGAUUUGUACAUCACUUUGAGACUCUGGAAAGAACCAGUGAGUUGCUCUUCCUGUCCUUUACUUCUCCUUUCUUAAAGAAGAUAUGCUCUUCAGAGAGCUCUCUUUGUGCUCUGUUUUCAUUGGCACUACCUCCACUUAUCACAAGCACGUGUCACACUGGAUUUAGCCCUCUCUGCUGACAAUUCUAAUCAAUGUUUUGCAUUGUGGUUGGCCUGGUCUAGGAUAAAGGACUCGUCCCCACUUCUGAUUCUUACAUGCAAGUACAAUGCAGCUCCUGCCUGGGUUCACAGCUAAGGGAGCAGUACAAAUACAAAACACCGCUUUUUGAUUUUAUCACACUGAAACUACUUUGUCUUAAGAAGCACUUCCAGAAGGCAACAUAAAGGCAUCUUUACAGUAGCUUACAAUUCAGGACAGUCUCUUUCACAGUCAUGCCCUUAGAUUUUCUGAUGUUAUUCACCACUGAUGUGGAGCUGAAGGACAUUAAGCAAGAAAUGCAGCUUCCUUAUCUAUGCCAUGGCCUGGCACACAAAAACAUAGCUCACCCAGAGGUCAGGAUUAGUUCCAGGGUUGAACCACUCAAGUGGUCARCUUACUAGCUGACAGGGACAGUCUGACCAGGAGGAAGGAUGCUGUAGUACAGUAGCACCUCAUGUAAGUGAGGCAUCUCUUCUAACAACCCAUUGGUGUGAAAACAGGCAGUAAGCAAAUCAUCUGAUCGAGGAAUGGGUCAAAGAGGACAGAGAAGAUGGAACCUCUCACAGCAGACAGUCAGUGUGGCAAGAUGAUCAACUUGCCUCAUUUUAGGCCUCCCAAACCAACAAGAAGCAACAGGCAGAAAUGAUCAAAACAUAAGAUGACUCCUAGUAGAACUGGAGAGUCAUAUUUUCCCAAUACGACCCAAGUUUAUGGAUAAAAAGUACACUAACAAAAGCUCUUGAGUCCAGUAGUUAUAAAUAGGACCCGAGACUGACGGUGGAUAGUAUUAAUUUUCUGUUUAGAAAGUGGUUGUUCAGCAUGGGUGGGUGACAUGGUUCCUUUUCGACCCAGUAGAAAUAUGGGAAUUCAACAUUCACUGUCAGCAAAAGGCAAGAAACCUUUCUCUUUUCUGUAAGCACAAAACAAACAGAAAAUUUUUAAAAAGUGCUCAACGAAAUCACAAUCUCAUAUAUUGGACUUCAGAAAGAGCUUUCUUUCAGCCUUGUUUUUCCAGGCAGCUCAAAAGAUCUUUUUAAAGAUCUUUAAAAGGCUGAUUAUUCUCUAAAUAGAUUUCCUGUCAUGUGUUCUUCUCUCCCUGAUGAUGUCUGCCAUUGCUUUCCUAAGUCCUAUAGAUGGGAUGAGAGCACCCAGUUACCAGAACUCCAAUAUUGAGGCAGAAGGACACACUUGGAGAUAAUGUCUGACCUUCCAAAAUUAUUAUAACCUGAGACAGGUUCUUCUAGAAAAAAAAAAAAAAAAAAUUACCAGCAAGAAGUCCUGGCACAUUCCUGGUUCUUCUGGUUCUUGCUCUGCUUCCUUCCUAAGGUAUCUAGGCCUUUCUGAGUCAGGUGCCGUCUUUACUUGGACAACAAUGUUGCUGUAUCUCUGAUUUCGCACCAAGAGCACCAGGGUCUUGUGUUCACUACCUUGGGGAAAAAGAGUUUCUAAAAAUGCUUUAAUGUUAUAGUUUGGGUGAUAACCCUACCAAAGCAUAAGCAAACAAUGAGCAAAGACAAACUAGUCACGCUGGUCCUUGUGCCUCAUUCACAUGGCCCAUAAACAAGAUGAAAUUUUUCAGAAUUUUAUUUUUCAGCAUUGUCCCAUACAUUUCUUUUGAUAAAUCUCUCACUAUUGUUUUCAGGCAUAUUUGUGCUUAAUAUUGAUGCUGCAGAAAGGCCGAGUGAUUUGGUUGGUUGAGCAGGAUGAACUUUUUCUGAACUAAUUCUCCAACCAGAACAAAURUGUCUUUUUCCCUCACUGUGACAUGACUCCUGUGCCAUGUUCAUCUCCAAAGACCUUMGCUCCCACACUUCAAUCACUCCUGAACUCCCUGGUGGCUCUUCUGUGCAUCCAGCUUGCAAGGCUGGGCUCUUAUUUGGACCAGGCCCCAGAAUGAACCAGAAGACACCAUCCAAAAGUGCACUUCCAUGUGCCAGAUGCUAAAUACCAGAGUACCAAUGAGAAAAAAUAAAUUAGGUCUUACCCCUAGCAGAGCUUGGCACAUGUCCUGGAUCCCGGUGGCCUUCAAAGCCACCUCUGCUUUCUAACCCAAAGCCCUGCUUGUCCCUAGCAAUGGGAGACCUUCCU